AUGGUGCUUAAAAUGAAAUCAUAAAUGCUAUUUAUUCUACUAGGAGCUACAAGGAAUAACACAAUUAUAAAGACUUAUUUCCUUGCAUGGUGAGCUUAAGUGUCUCUGAAAUAGUGUCUCUGUAAAAUUGGGAUGCAUCUACAAUGGCCCUCUAUUCUGUAAAAUAGUGUACUAGUAUAUAGGGAUUUGGCAUUCUGGCAUCUGGCAUCGUUUCUGUCCAGUGUAAUGCCUGAUGUAAAUGAGCUCUGAGAGAGGUGCUCUGCUGCGUAUUCAAGAAUUAGGGCUACAGAUUGCACGAUAGAAAUGUAAAGGUUAUUUCCGAUUGAGCCGACAUACGCAGCAUUUACCGUGAAUGCAGUCUCCGCUAACGCAAUAAUAUUGCCUUUAAAUUUCAAUCACACUGUCGCUGAACUUCCCUGAUACGGAUUGAGUAAAACACUUAUUGCUUGUAGGCUAUUUGUUGUUUUAAUCUAAAGGAAACAGUUUAGCCAAUGCCCAUCUGUCUUGCCUGUCUGGAUUGGAGCGUACUGGGUAUAUACCCUCUUUAAAGCUGAGAUCUGUGAUAGGAGCAACAGCGCCACUGGCACCCUAUUCCCUACAUUUACAUUUACGUCAUUUAGCAGACGCUCUUAUCCAGAGCGACUUACAAAUAGGUGCAUUCACCUUAUAGCCAGUGGGAUAACCACUUUACCAUAUAUUUCUUUUCUUUUUUUGGGGGGGGGGUAGAAGGAUUACUUUAUCCUAUCCCAGGUAUUCCUUAAAGAGGUGGGGUUUCAAAUGUCUCCGGAAGGUGGUGAGUGACUCCGCUGUCCUGGCGUCGUGAGGGAGCUUGUUCCACCAUUGGGGUGCCAGAGCAGCGAACAGUUUUGACUGGGCUGAGCGGGAACUAUGCUUCCGCAGAGGUAGGGGAGCCAGCAGGCCAGAGGUGGAUGAACGCAGUGCCCUCGUUUGGGUGUAGGGACUGAUCAGAGCCUGAAGGUACGGAGGUGUCGUUCCCCUCACAGCUCCGUAGGCAAGCACCAUGGUCUUGUAGCAGAUGCGAGCUUCAACUGGAAGCCAGUGGAGUGUGCAGAGGAGCGGGGGUGACGUGAGAGAACUUGGGAAGGUUUAACACCAGACGGGCUGCGGCAUUCUGGAUGAGUUGUAGGGGUUUAAUGGCACAGGCAGGGAGCCCAGCCAACAGCGAGUUGCAGUAAUCCAGACGGGAGAUGACAAGUGCCUGGAUUAGGACCUGUGCCGCUUCCUGUGUAAGGCAGGGUCGUACUCUCCAAAUGUUGUAGAGCAUGAACCUACAGGAUCGGGUCACCGCCUUGAUGUUAGCGGAGAACGACAGGGUGUUGUCCAGGGUCACGCCAAGGCUCUUCGCACUCUGGGAGGAGGACACAACGGAGUUGUCAACCGUGAUGGCGAGAUCAUGGAACGGGCAGUCCUUCCCCGGGAGGAAGAGCAGCUCCGUCUUGCCGAGGUUCAGCUUGAGGUGGUGAUCCGUCAUCCAUACUGAUAUGUCUGCCAGACAUGCAGAGAUGCGAUUCGCCACCUGGUUAUCAGAAGGGGGAAAGGAGAAGAUUAGUUGUGUGUCGUCAGCGUAGCAAUGAUAGGAUAUAUAUAAUAGAAUUAUUGUAAAAUUAACUCUGUCCAUAAGGUGUAGAUAGUAAGUAUAGACCGGAAGUAGAGGCCUGGGCAUUGUUGUUCACUAAUUUACUCCAAGUAGGGAAAGGAUAGUGGGGUUGAAAAGUAAUAAAGGGGAGUAUAUACAGUGGGGAGAACAAGUAUUUGAUACACUGCCGAUUUUGCAGGUUUUCCUACUUACAAAGCAUGUAGAGGUCUGUAAUUUUUAUCAUACGUACAUUUCAACUGUGAGAGACGGAAUCUAAAACAAAAAUCCAGAAAAUCACAUUGUAUGAUUUUUAAGUAAUUAAUUUACAUUUUAUUGCAUGACAUAAGUAUUUGAUCACCUACCAACCAGUAAGAAUUCCAGCUCUCACAGACCUGUUAGUUUUUCUUUGAGAAGCCCUCCUGUUCUCCACUCAUUACCUGUAUUAACUGCACCUGUUUGAACUCGUUAUCUGUAUAAAUUACACCUGUCCACACACUCAAUCAAACAGACUCCAACCUGUCCACAAUUGCCAAGACCAGAGAGCUGUUGUAGACCUGCACAAGGCUGGGAUGGGCUACAGGACAAUAGGCAAGCAGCUUGGUGAGAAGGCAACAACUUUUGGCGCAAUUAUAAGAAAAUGGAAGAAGUUCAAGAUGACGGUCAAUCACCCUCGGUCUGGGGCUCCAUGCAAGAUCUCACCUCGUGGGGCAUCAAUGAUCAUGAGGAAGGUGAGGGAUCAGCCCAUAACUACACGGCAGGACCUGGUCAAUGACCUGAAGAGAGCUGGGACCACAGUCUCAAAUAAAACCAUUAGUAACACACUAUGCCGUCAUGGAUUAAAAUCCUGCAGCGCACGCAAGGUCCCCCUGCUCAACCCAGUGCAUGUCCAGGCCCGUCUGAAGUUUGCCAAUGACCAUCUGGAUGAUCCAGAUGAGGAAUGGGAGAAGGUCAUGUGGUCUGAUGAGACAAAAAUAGAGCUUUUUGGUCUAAACUCCACUCGCCGUGUUUGGAGGAAGAAGAAGGAUGAGUACAACCCCAAGAACACCAUCCCAACCGUGAAGCAUGGAGGUGGAAACAUCAUUCUUUGGGGAUGCUUUUCUGCAAAGGGGACAGGAUGACUGCACCGUAUUGAGGGGAAGAUGGAUGGGGCCAUGUAUCGUGAGAUCUUGGCCAACAACCUCCUUCCCUCAGUAAGAGCAUUGAAGAUGGGUUGUGGCUGGGUCUUCCAGCAUGACAACGACCCGAAACACACAGCCUCUGCAACUAAGGAGUGGCUCCGUAAGAAGCAUCUCAAGGUCCUGGAGUGGCCUAGCCAGUCUCCAGACCUGAACCCAAUAGAAAAUAUUUGGAGGGAGCUGAAAGUCUGUAUUGCCCAGUGACAGCCCCGAAACCUGAAGGAUCUGGAGAAGGUCUGUAUUUUUUUUUUUUUAUUUUUUUUUUUUUACCUUUAUUUAACCAGGUAAACCAGUUGAGAACAAGUUCUCAUUUACAACUGCGACCUGGCCAAGAUAAAGCAAAGCAGUGCGAUAAAAAACAACAACACAGAGUUACACAUGGGGUAAAACAAAACAAAGUCAAAAAUACAACAGAAAUACAUAUAUAUACAGUGUGUGCAAAUUUAGCAAGUUAUGGAGGUAAGGCAAUAAAAUAGGCUAUAGUGCAAAAUAAUUACAAUUUAGUAUUAACACUGGAAUGAUGUGCAAGACAUGAUGUGCAAAUAGAGAUACUGGGGUACAAAUGAGCAAAAUAAAUAACAAUAUAGGGAUGAGGUAGUUGGGCGGGCUAAUUUCAGAUGGGCUGUGUACAGGUGCAGUGAUCGGUAAGGUGCUCUGACAACUGAUGCUUAAAGUUAGUGAGGGAGAUAAGUGUCUCCAGCUUCAGAGAUUUUUGCAAUUUGUUCCAGUCAUUGGCAGCAGAGAACUGGAAGGAAUUGCGGCCAAAGGAGGUGUUGGCUUUGGGGAUGACCAGUGAGAUAUACCCGCUGGAGCGCAGACUACGGGUGGGUGUUGCUAUGGUGACCAAUGAGCUAAGAUAAGGCGGGGAUUUGCCUAGCAGUGAUUUAUAGAUGGCCUGGAGCCAGUGGGUUUGGCGACGAAUAUGUAGUGAGGACCAGCCAACAAGAGCGUACAGGUCACAGUGGUGGGUAUUAUAUGGGGCUUUGGAGACAAAACGGAUGGCACUGUGAUAGACAACAUCCAAUUUGCUGAGUAGAGUGUUGGAGGCUAUUUUGUAAAUGACAUCGCCGAAGUCAAGGAUCGGUAGGAUAGUCAGUUUUACGAGGGCAUGUUUGGCAGCAUGAGUGAAGGAGGCUUUGUUGCGAAAUAGGAAACCGAUUCUAGAUUUAACUUUGGAUUGGAGAUUCUUAAUGUGAGUCUGGAAGUUGAGUUUACAGUCUAACCAGACACCUAGAUAUUUGUAGUUGUCCACAUACUCUAGGUCAGACCCGUCUAGAGUAGUGAUUCUAGUCGGGUGGGCGGGUGCAAGCAGCGUUCGGUUGAAGAGCAUGCAUUUAGUUUUACUAGUGUUUAAGAGCAGUUGGAGGCUACUGAAGGAGUGUUGUAUGGAAUUGAAGCUCGUUUGGAGGUUUGUUAACACAGUGUCCAAUGAAGGGCCAGAUGUAUACAAAAUGGUGUCGUCUGCGUAGAGGUGGAUCUGAGAGUCACCAGCAGCAAGAGCGAUGUCAUUGAUAUACACAGAGAAAAGAGUUGGCCCAAGAAUUGAACCCUGUGGCACCCCCAUAGAGACUGCCAUAGGUCCAGACAACAGGCCCUCCGAUUUGACACAUUGAACUCUAUCUGAGAAGUAGUUGGUGAACCAGGCGAGGCAGUCAUUUGAGAAACCAAGGCUAUUUAGUCUGCCAAUAAGAAUGCGGUGGUUGACAGAGUCGAAAGCCUUGGCCAGGUCAAUGAAAACGGCUGCACAGUACUGUCUAUUAUCGAUCGCGGUUAUAUGGAAGAGUGGGCCAAAAUCCCUGCUGCAGUGUGUGCAAACCUGGUCAAGACCUACAGGAAACGUAUGAUCUCUGUAAUUGCAAACAAAGGUUUCUGUACCAAAUAUUAAGUUCUGCUUUUCUGAUGUAUCAAAUACUUAUGUCAUGCAAUAAAAUGCAAAUUAAUUACUUAAAAAUCAUACAAUGUGAUUUUCUGGAUUUUUGUUUUAGAUUCCGUCUCUCACUGUUGAAGUGUACCUAUGAUAAAAAUUACAGACCUCUACAUGCUUUGUAAGUAGGAAAACCUGCAAAAUCGGCAGUGUAUCAAAUACUUGUUCUCCCCACUGUAUAUAUAUAAAAAAAAAAAAUAAAAAAAAUAAAUAAAAAAAAACAUGGGGGAUUGGAAGUGAUGCAGACAAUUACAUUGAUAGAAGAUACAAUCUAUCUGCAAUAUUAAGCUGAUCGACCCCCCCCAAAAAAAUGUUUUAUAAUAAAAAAUAAUAAAUAAGAAAAUGAAAAAAAAAAUGAAAAAAAAUAAAUAAAAAGGAUAUUUUUACUUUUUGGUGAACGUCGGGAACCAUAUCUCAUCGGUGAAAGAGCCGUUCAUUAGGCUCCCUGAUUUGCACACUGAUACUACUGCUUUUUCAGCUCAAAACAACGAUUAUCUGCAGAUAAGUUAAUUCUCUAAUAGGGUGAAUCCUCAUUGCAGAAGCAAUAAUUAGUGGGAAGAGCGGGUACAUUCUGGUCCACGUUCACUUUUGCAGUGCGUUAUUAGGUGAUCUAAUAAUUUGGCCAGGUAAAAAUGUAUUUGAACCUGCAUUUCAUGAUCUGACAUAAUAGUAGCCUAUUUUUAGGGCUUUACAUUGGAGAUUGGUUCUAGGUGGUCCUAAACAUAAAUUAAAUUGGUAAUUUAGCAGACGCUCUUAUCCAGAGCGACUUACAGGAGCAAUUAGGGUUAAGUGCCUUGCUCAAGGGCACAUAGACAGAUUUUUCACCUAGUCGGCUCGGGGAUUAGAACCAGCGACCUUUCGGUUACUGGUACAACGCUCUUAACCACUAAGCUACCUGCCGCCCGGUCGAAUGCUAAGCAUUUUGAAUGAAGUGCCGUUUAGGAGCGAAAUGAGUCGUCUCUUUUAAGUGAAUGGAGCCAAAUGAAAAUACUCGGAAUGUCCAUCACUAGCACACAUGCAUUCAACUUCAACAUCAUGCGAAGUGAGUCCAGCCCACUAUGCUUUUUACCCCGCUCCUCCGCACACUCCACUGGCUUCCAGUUGAAGCUCGCAUCUGUUACAAGACCAUGGUGCUUGCCUAUGGAGCUGUGAGGGGAAUGGCACCUCCGUACCUUCAGGCUCUGAUCAGUCCCUACACCCAAACGAGGGCAUUGCGUUCAUCCACCUCUGGCCUGCUGGCUCCCCUUCCUCUGCGGAAGCAUAGUUCCCGCUCAGCCCAGUCGAAACUGUUCGCUACUCUGGCACCCCAAUGGUGGAACAAGCUCCCUCACGACGCCAGGACAGCGGAGUCACUCACCACCUUCCGGAGACAUUUGAAACCCCACCUCUUUAAGGAAUACCUGUGAUAGGAUAAAGUAAUCCUUCUACCCCCCCCCCCCCCCCCCCCCCAAAAAAAAAAAAAAAAAAAAAACAUUUGUAAAGUGUUUAUCCCACUGGCUAUAGGGUGAAUGCACCAAUUUGUAAGUCGCUCUGGAUAAGAGCGUCUGCUAAAUGACGUAAAUGUAAAUGUAAAUAGCAUUGCAAUUGGCUGAAUUGAUAUGUGUACUGUUCCCUGAUUGAACUCUUUGGCCUGAAUGUCAAGGGUCACGUCUGGAGGAAACCUGGCACCAUCCCUACGGUGAAGCAUGGUGGUGGCAGCAUCAUGCUGUGGGGAUGUUUUUCAGUGGCAGGGAUUGGGUGACUAUCGAGAGAAAGAUGAACGGAGCAAAGUACAGAGAGAUCCUUGAUGAAAACCUUCUCCAGAACGCUCAGGACCUCAGACUGUGGUGAAGGUUCACCUUCCAACAGGACAACAACCCUAAACACACAGCCAAGACAAUGCAGGAGGGGCUUCGGGACAAGUCUCUGAAUGUCCUUGAGUGGCCCAGCCAGAGCCUGGACUUGAACCCGAUCUAACAUCUCUGGAGAGACUUGAAAAUAGCUGUGCAGCGACGCUCCCCAUCCAGCCUGACAGAGCUUGAGAGGAUCUUUUUUUAUUUUUUUAUUUCACCUUUAUUUAACCAGGUAAGCCAGUUGAGAACAGGUUCUCAUUUACAACUGCGACCUGGCCAAGAUAAAGCAUAGUAGUGCAAUAAAAAAACAACACAGAGUUACAUAUGGGGUAAAAAACAUAAAGUCAGAAAAACAGAAAAUAUAUAUACAGUGUGUGCAAAUGUAGCAAGUUAUGGAGGUAAGGCAGUAAAUAGGCUAUAGUGCAGAAUAAUUACAAUAGUAUUAACACUGGAAUGCUAGAUGUGCAAGAGAUUAUGUGCAAAUAGAGAUACUGGGGUGCAAAAGAGCAAAAUAAAUAACAAUAUAGGGAUGAGGUAGUUGGGUGGGCUAAUUUCAGAUGGGCUGUGUACAGGUGCAGUGAUCGGUAAGGUGCUCUGACAACUGAUGCUUAAAGUUAUUGAGGGAGAUAAGAGUCUCCAGCUUCAGAGAUUUUUGCAAUUCGUUCCAGUCAUUGGCAGCAGAGAACUGGAAGGAAUGGCGGCCAAAAGAGGUGUUGGCUUUGGGAAUGACCAGUGAGAUAUACCUGCUGGAGCGCAGACUACGUGUGGGUGCUGCUAUGGUGACCAAUGAGCUAAGAUAAGGCGGGGAUUUGCCUAGUAGUGAUUUAUAGAUGGCCUGGAGCCAGUGGGUUUGACGACGAACAUGUAGUGAGGACCAGCCAACAAGAGCGUACAGGUCACAGUGGUGGGUAGUGUAUGGGGCUUUGGAGACAAAACGGAUGGCACUGUGAUAGACUAUCUGCAGAGAAGAAUGGGAGAAACUCCCCAAAUACAAGUGUGCCAAGCUUGUAGCAUCAUACCCAAGAAGACUCGAGGCUGUAACCGCUGCCAAAUGUGCUUCAACAAAGGACUGAGUAAAGGGUCUCAAUACUUAUGUAAAUGUGUUAUUUCAUUUUUAUUUUUUAUUUUUUUGUGCAACAUUUUCAAAAAACAUGUUUUUGCUUUGUAAUUAUGAGGUACUGUGUGUAGAUUGAUGAGGGGGAAAAAACUAUUUUAUCCAUUUUAUAACAAGGCUGUAAUGUAACAAAAUGUGAAAAAAGUCAAGGGGUCUGAAUACUUUCCAAAUGUACUGUACUUUAAUACAAUACUUGCAGCCGAAAGUGCUUUCUACAUGUAGGCCAAAAUUAUAAUACGUAGUGGUCUGAGUCUACGCAGUAUACAAAUAGUCUAUUGUAACUGCUUGUCCCUCCCUACCUCAGGCGGUGGAUCACCUGGAGUCCCUUAUCUCCGACUGUGACAGGAGAACAGAGCUGGCCAAGAAGCGGCAGUUCGAGACCCAGGAGGAGAUCAGUGCAGAGGUUGCAGAGAAGACUGACCUGUUGGUGUGGAUGUUGUGGGCGCAGAGGUCUGCCGAGAGCUGUGUGUGUUUGCUGAAUGAGGAGAUUGGGAGGUUAUUGUGCUCAAUGCUCAGUGUCUGCAGGUUUUGUGUGUACAGGCAGAGAAGGUGCACAAGCUGAACAAGGAUAUCGAGAAGUUGUUGGCGAAUGCGGAGCAGCUUGGCGCGGAUGGCAAUGUGGAGGAGGCCCAGAAAGUCCUGCAGGACGUGGAGAAAGUGUGCAACAGGAAGAGAGAUGCAGAGGUACAAGGCCUCCAAUCCCAUUGAAACCCCUUGAUAAAGGAGCUACAGAUCUUAAUUUGAUCCAGUUUUCUACAGCAGGAAAGUAUUCCUGCAGCAACAGGAAAUGUGAAUUAUUAUUAUUAUGAAUAUCUUUCAUUCAAAGGUACGUAUGUUGGUAAGCAUGCUGAUAAACGAAUGUACAGUGUUAACAAACAGUUACUAGCUGCAUUUAUUUGAGUUCUGCUGAAGUUACAGAAUAAAAAAUCAAUUUAAAAAAUGCAAAUAACAUUUACAGCAGAGCAUUUGAAUAUAUACUGAGUGUACAAAACAUUAGGAACACCAUUCUAAUAUUGAGUUGCACUGUACUUUUUCCCUCAAAACAGCAUUCCACAGGGAUGCUGGCCCAUGUUGACUCCAAUGCUUCCCACAGUUGGAAGGCAGCAGCUAAUGGGGAUCCCUAAAAUACAAAAAUACAGUUGUGUCAAGUUGGCUGGAUGUCCUUUGGGUGGUGGGUGGACCAUUCUUGAUACACACGGGAAACGGUUGAGCGUGAAAAACCCAGCAGCGUUGCAGUUCUUGACACACUCAAACCGGUGCGCCUGGCACCUACUACCAUACCCCGUUCAAAGGCACUUAUAUAUUUUGUCUUGCCCAUUCACCCUCUGAAUGGCACACACACAAUCCAUGUCUCAAUUGUCUCAAUGCUUAAAAAUCAUUAUUUAAUCUGUCUCCUCCCCUUUAUCUACAUUGAUUGAAGUGGAUUUAACAAGUGACAUCAAUAAGGGAUCAUAGCUUUCAUCUGGAUUCACCUGGUCAGUCUAUGUCAUGGAAAGAGCAGGUGUACCUAAUGUUUUAUAUACUCCAUGUAAGUUACCAACAACCUAGCUCGUUUGGCAUGUGUAUAGUGACUUCUAUGUAUCACUUUGAAAAGUGUAACAAUAUGCCUGGUACAUAUAUAAAUAGAAGGCAUUAUUUUCAGAAUACAAUCCUAAAUAUGAAUUGAAAUGUUGAUUCCUAAAUCCUGUUCCAAGUUGUUUGUAGGCAGGGAGUGAUAGACACUCUUUAGCAGUCGGAUUGGUUUUGAAUAUAUCGUAAACAAUGGUGUGAGAUGGUACCAGUGGGGAAGUCAUUUGUUAUUUUUUGGGCCCAAUCUCGGGCUUGUAAGUAUCUAAAGAAUUGGGGAAUUUGGAAUAUUGAACAUAUUUGAGAGAGAUUCAAAUGAGGCAAAGGUGCCAUCUUUGUAAAGGUCAACAAGUUGUCCCCCAUACCUUGUCACAUGCGAUUUCUCAGACAGCACUGGCACGAUUUUGACAACUUGCGUGAAUGAUGCGUCUUGCCAUAGAGAUAAGGCAUUUACAAAAUUGCACUGAUUAGCCCAAGGCGGGAGCUAUGGUAAUUAAGUGAAAUUUGCGAGUCAACAGGAAGGAACAGGCGAAACGAGAGGCAUAACUGUGCCCAAACUCUAUCAUCUUCAGCAGGUGGAGUUCAAUGAGUGUCGAAUAAUAAAAAUGAUUUAUUUUUAUUUUGGCUUAUUUGCUACGUAUGGCUUACUUGAUCGAAUAGAAGUUUCGUAGUGCUUAGGUUGUUAGGAAUGUUAUACUGAUAAGUAGGACAUGUGACAUCCAGGCAACUUUGAAAAACCCUUCAAAUCGGGAGUUGUGCCUGUUGGUCACACGCGUAUCUGCCCUCUCAUUGGCUAGAAUGGUCCCACCUGAUCUUGCCUCCUCCCAACUGCCUUCUAGAGAGGAAGUUAUUUUACACUGGUUGAACCGGGCCCGUCGCGUCAUCGGGCGAAAGCGGGGAGGAAAGAGCGAACAGUAAUCUGGCUCUGUCAUUUUGUCAACAAGGCAGCAUGGUGUAUCGUCCAGAAAAUUAAUGUUUGCAUUUUCUAACUCGUUUUCAUUCAAGUCAGAAAAGCAAUCACUUUUAAAUGGGAAGAAGAAACAACAACUAAUAAUUACUUCAUGUGCUUAAUUACGUCACUUUUUGUUUUGCGUCGGAUAGAGCGGGGAGAUUAAUCGAACCCCCUCAGUCUGAGUACCGGUGUCUAGCUAACAUUCCACUCCUUGGCAUUGCCGAACCGAAGAGUCUGGCCUUUCUGCAAUCUCAACGUUCAAUAUGCACUGGAUUUACGGCAGAGUUGCUCAUUGGUUGUUGGAAAUAACAUUAUUUUCAAUGACAACAUGUGGAGCCUCGAAAAUAUUGUAAUGAAACAGGCAGGGAGCAGGUCUCGAACCCUCAAUAUUCUAGCCCGAAGUCCUGCGCGUCAUCGACAGUGCCCCAAAAGCAUGCUCAAGUGGCAGAGUCGAUAGCUGCAUUUAUAAAUCCAGGGUCGUUUCACAACUCCCUCCUUUCAAAGUGCGCGUCUUUGCGCUAGUUUACAACUCAACGUCUUACAGGAACGCGCUCAACGGCCAAGCACACUCACGUUCGUGGAUGCAAGGUCCGAAUCCGAUCACUUCUGACACCAAUGUAAUGACCUGGCUAGAUCAUAAAUGAGCAACUGUCCAGACAGCGGUUUGAGUUUACGAAUUCCCGGUUUAUUAACCAAACUCAACACAGGCUACUGUUUGGCCGUAGCCCACGCCAAAUAAAUCAAGGAUACCCGUAUAAAACAACCGUGACCACCUCUUGUUAAGACCAGAUGAAAGAGAGAUAACAAUGGCUAAACAUGGUCUUAAACUAGCGAUGUUCCACCCCCCUGCCCCUGCAUGUCGGACCCCGCGAACACUGGGUACUUGUAAGUACAACACAACCAACGAACAGCAUAACACAUAACACGCAGCUGUCUGUGCGGGUCGGUACAAUAUAAUUUGAAUUUAUAACAAAAUCAAAAACCAAACAUUAGCUCUUAGCUAGGCAAGUUCUAUUUUGAGGCUAAAAAAACGAAUACUUUUUUUGGUUGGAAUUGCAGUAUGUAUUUACUUUUGAGAAUGUAGAUGUGAGCUAUCAACUUUUGACAGACUGGUUUCAUCUGGACAAACAAACGGUUGCUUAGCAACCGGAUAGCAACUUUCUGUGGAGAAAAAAAAGUGAUAGUGCCCAUAUUUGCAUAAUGAUAGUGCCCAUAUUUGCAUAAUAAUUGUGAUUGGGGGUUCAAAUCCUGUUUUCUCCUCAAGCUUAUUAAUGAUAGAAUGUUCAUAUUUGAAGAUGGCAGGAAAAGCCAGUCUCUUUGGCACAAGACAUGGAGUACGGGGAGUGAAUUAGCUAGAGAUGGUACCCAGGCUAACUGCCUUCCAUUUUUGAAGACAUUUCUUUUAAAUGGUCAAUAUAAUGUAUAAUCUGUGGUCACACACGAUAACUGAAUUUGUUAGUCACACGCGAUAUCGCAAUUAGCGCUGCAUCAUUCGUGGGGGAGGUUGCCUUGUUUCCUUAUAUCAAAAGCUUUGUCUGCAAGGGAUGGUGGGAAUAAAUGGUUAUAGACCAGGGGGAGUAGGGAAGUAUGUUUCUAACAUCUAGGUUCAGCCUCAAAGGGACAAUCAGCAGUUGCUACAACCAUUUUUGGAUUUAUAAAUGAAUGAUAUGUACCCAUUGAUUUUUGAAGAAUAUAACUUAUUAAUGCCUCAUGAGUUUGGUUUAAAUGUCAUACCCCAUCAGAACCCAAAAUGUAAGCUUGUUUUACUCCAAUGUUUUUAAACGAAGUAAAUGUAAACAAACACUAUAUAGCCUCAAAACAUGAUUAAAACUAGAAAUGGAUUAUAAUAAUGGAUAUUUUUUUUUUAUAGGGGUUAAUACAUUUUCUGUAAGGGAAAAUCAGGUCUGAAAUUUCAAAGUGGAAAUGACAAACUUCAGAAGCCUUUUCAAAUCUACAGUACAGGUUUUACUAUAGUUAUUCUGCAAUAGGGUGAUCAAAUUAAGAUCCUACAUCUGUACUUACUCUGGCCAAAUAACACUCAAAGCAGCUUGGAGUAAAAGAAGGUCACUUGCAUGAUAAUUGUUUUAUUAUUGAUGAAAGGUGUUUACGUCACUUGGUCAGGUCAUGCACGAGCAUCAUUGGUUCCCAUAGUUUAUGCCAUCACUUAGUGUUACGUUUCUUGUAGACCUAUGAUGGACCUUGUAGUUGGAGGUUUACGCAUGCAAUGCAUCUUUCUCCCAUUUUCAUUAUCUUUAUUUCUUUCUCCUAGGAUGAGUACCGGAACUCGAUGCCUGCCUCCAGUUUUCAGCAGCAGAAGCUUCAAGUGUGUGAAGUUUGCUCCGCCUACCUGGGUCUCCAUGACAACAACCGUCACUUGUGGCGGGAAGCUUCACCUCAGAUUCAUUCAAAUCCGAGAGAAGCUGGAACAGCUCAAGGUGUGUGUGUGUGUGUGUCAGACCUGGGUUAAAAUUGUGUUCACAUACAUUUCAAAGUAAGUAUUUGUAUAUUUUUCUUUUAAAAUACAAGUAGAUUAAUAUUGGAAUGUAUUUGUUGGAAAGUAUUGGCAUGUAUCUGAAAAUACUGAAAUACACAAACAAGUACUCCCAUGCAUUUGAGCCCUGGUCUGUCCUAGGGGUAUUUGAAAUUUAUUUAGAAACAUGUAUGCGCAAAAUCAACUUGCUAAUGGCAAGUCUGGUGGAUCUUUCCUCUGAUCAGAAAACAGUCCUGGAGAAGCAAGAGAAGAGGAACCAGGAAGAGCUGAAGAGGAGGGAGGGGAGAGAGAAGGAAGAGAGUUUGAAGAAGAAGUGGGGUUGGAUAGGGAUUAGCCGGCCAUGUACUUUGCAAAGCCAUUGGCAAUGUUCAAACUUGUUAGCUAUAGUCUUAAUCAGUCAAAACUGUUCGCUGCUCUGGCACCCCAAUGGUGGAACAAGCUCUCUCACGACGCCGGGACAGCGGAGUCACUCACCACCUUCCGGAGACACUUGAAACCCCACCUCUUUAAGGAAUACCUGGGAUAGGAUAAAGCAAUCCUUCUACCCCCCCUUACCCCACCCCAAAGAAAGAAAAAAAUAACAUAUUGUAAAGUGGUUAUCCCACUGGCUAUAAGGUGAAUGCACCAAUUUGUAAGUCGCUCUGGAUAAGAGCGUCUGCUAAAUGACGUAAAUGUAAAUGUUGUGGAAACAGUUAAUGAUUGAUCAAAUCAACCAGUAAAAUAUUUGGCAUUUGUAUUUGAGCAGGACAUGCAAAAAUUGUAUGCACAGAGGCAAGUUCUGAUGAAAGCUGAUGCUGAAACUCAAGUCAUAUAUUUCUCUGUACCCUUGAUUCUUUCCAACAUUAGUUAAUCAGGACUAAAUCUCACAAGAAAAUGUUGGAGCCCAGUUUGGCUGGACUUGGAUGUUCACAGGGUACCUUACAUUUUGAAGCAAACAUUUAGAUGUAGUUUACUGGACAAAAUAUAUAGAGCUUACUGUUUUCUGUUGUAGGACGCGAUCUUGGAGCAGAGAGAAGAGUAGGUGAGGAACUGGUUUUGUAUGCCACGAGGUCGUAUGUAUAAGUGUAAAUUGGUUGUGUGCGAGUUUGUUGCUAAACGAGUACUUGCAAGUCAUAGCGAACCACCAUUCUUGUGUUCACGUGCUAUCCCCUAAGAUAUGUCCUCCCCCAGGUCUCGCUCUGGAGAGUGCAGGAGGCGGCAUUCCCACUUGCCCUCCCGGGAGAAGCGUCGCUCCCGCUCCAGGGACCGCAGUGAGAGGGAGAGCGAGCGGGAGAGAUGGAGGAGACACCGCAGCCACCCAUCCAGCAAGGGCCACAGCCGAGAACGUAGUCUAGAGCAGGAACGGCGCUCCAAACUCAGGUACCCAACUGCAUCUUACCCUCCUUUACCUCAAUAACUCAUUUAUUUUUGCAUUGGGAUAUAGUAGAGUAAAUGAAGUUUGACAGGCAGUUCACUGAACUGUAUGUCAUUCCACGAAUAGAGUGCCUUUGGGUAGUGUAAUUUAGUAAAUAAAUAACUUUAUUUCACCUCAUUUUAACAUUCGGUCAUAAAGAGCACAUGUUCAACUUCCUAACAAACAUGUUUUCCCACCUCAAGAGGUUAAAUUAAGGAACAUGACUAUAAAAGUGACCGGGUUGAUCAUUACAGGGUUGACGAUUUCAUCUUAAAUCAGCCAUAACUCCCAUUGUGACAGGGAGAAUGGAAGCUUGUUGUGUGCUACAGGGAGGGAAAAUAAAAUACAAGCUUAACAAAAAUGUUCACGUUGUUAAACAUUUCUAGCCUACAGGGUUGACGUGUUGACGUGCUCGACAUGCUCACUUUUCCUCCACAAAACACCAGAAAUUGGCCAAAAAUAGUAUAACCAGCUCACCGGCGUUACACUAUGAUUUGACUAUUAAAUGUUCAAUGUUUCUUUAGAAAAAUCAUUUUAAAAGGUAUAGUUUAACCAUAUUAAAACGAGUUCAGUUCAUGUGACAGGAUUAAACCUGAGGGACAAUAUAAAUUAAUCACUGAUCACAUUAAAGAACAAAUCUUCAGAAUUUACUUUCCCAAAGCAACAAAAUAACUAGGGCGUUACAAAUUAUGUUAAAUCUUUGGGUUAAGUGACAUGGGAUUUUUUUAUUUUAUGCACUUUGAGAUUAUUCUGUAUAAUGAAAAGCUUAAAAAUGGUUUAGUUAGAGCAUAGAUGUAUGCGAUCCAACUGUUAAAGAGGCACUAUGCAGAAAUCACUCCGGCAUUUCCUGGUUGCAAAAAUUCUAAUAGUUCGCCUAAUUUCAGUUUGUGACUAAACAAGCAAGUAUAGUGUAGAGAAUCAUUGUACCAUCAAAACCGCUGUGAAAUAUAUUUUCCAUAACAGCGAAUAUUGUAUUUUCAGCUGUUUGAAGCAGGUGUACAAAACCAAAAGUAAAAGAUGGAAAAAACGAAACAUAAAAAUGGGAAGCAUAGAAAUAGCACAUAGAACAGAUCUACCGCUUCUUAGACUUGCUUUCAAUGGGAAUGACAGAUCUAUAACUCACAUUUCUAUGUGAAUUUGGUCGAGUCGCCCAAAAAGUUCCAUAUUGCAGCUUUACAUUUUGUUUUAUUAAAAACCACUAAAAGGCACUCUAUUCGUGGAACGACCCAUUUCCUCUCUCUCCUCAGCCCCUUCUCCAUUUCUCUGUCCUCCCUCAUCAUUCUCCUCUCCCUCUUCUCUCUGUCCUUUCUUGUCUCUCUUUCCUUUCUUGUCUCUCUUUCUCACACAGUUUGUCCCGGGAUAGGUUAGGGGAGAGGGACAGGAUAAAGUAA